GACGGAUGCAGAGGAGGAGGAGGAAGGGAUGUAAAAUCAUCUCAGAAGCUGGAUUUACAAGCGUUGUUGAAUAUUCCUGUUAAUAUUUCAUGCAAAAAUAUGCAACCAAGAUGAAGAUGUGGAUUGUUUUUCUGUGCCUGAGCAAUGGAUGGUUGCAAACAGCAUUUACUGCUGAUAUAACUCCCACGCCCUCAAUCGCACCAGCAACACCUACUGAGGAUGAAGGAACCCAACUAGUGGACUGGUUGAUUAAGUAUGGCUACCUCCCACCCUCAGACCCUUCCACUGGUCAGCUUCAGGCCUGGACAGCUGUCACUAAUGCUGUCAAGUCCAUGCAGAGGUUUGCAGGCCUCAAAGAUACUGGAGUUGUUGAUGAAGAGACAAUGGCAUUGAUGAACAGUCCACGCUGCUCUCUACCUGACCAAGACAUCCACUCCAAGUCACUGGCCAAUCAAAAGGGGAGCAACAUGAGGAGAAGGAGAAGGGCUAUCUCCAUGUGGACACGCAGGAACAUUAACUGGAGGUUGCAUUCAUACCCCUCCUCCUCCAAUCUGUCCCGAGAAACAAUUCGCUCGCUGGUGUUUUAUGCUUUAAGAGUGUGGGCGGAUCCAACACCGCUGGAGUUUCAUGAGGUGGGCAGCCCAGAGGCAGCUGACCUACAGGUGGACUUCCUCCAUGGUUACCAUGGUGAUGGCUAUCCCUUUGAUGGGGCAGGGGGUGCAGUUGGCCAUGCUUUCUUCCCAUCAGAUCCUGCACGGGCAGGAGGAGUACAUUUGGAUGCAGAGGAGGAGUGGGCUUUCAGACAGCCAGCCUCUGAGGGCACUGACUUGUUCACAGUGCUGGUCCAUGAGUUUGGUCAUGCACUGGGCCUCACUCACUCCUCGUCUCGUCACUCAGUGAUGAGGCCGUACUACCAGGGACCUGCAGGAGACCCACUGCAGUACCGCCUGGGGCCUCAAGAUCUGGAGCACAUCACCCAGCUCUAUGGUAAAAAGAAUCAGCUGCUGGCCACUGACGCUCCUCGCCUUGCUCCAGAGCCUCAGCUGCACCACAGAGGACACCACCAUCAUCACACAUAUGGCCCCUCCAUAGAUCGCUGCAACACCAGUUUUGAUGCCGUGGCAAGGAUCCGCGGAGAGACUUUCUUCUUCAAAGGUCUUACGAUGUGGCGAGUUAAUGGUGGGGGCUUGGUGUCGAGUCGUGGGGCUUCAGUCAGAAGGCUGUGGAGGGGUCUGCCUCCUGACCUGCCUCGGCUUCACGCUGUGCUCGAGAGACAGUCUGAUCACGCCAUCAUCUUUAUCAGUGGUUCCCAGUUCUGGCUGUUCAGAGAUCUGUCCCUGCAGGAAGGCUACCCUCAGCCCCUGUCUGCCCUCAGAAUGGGGGUGAACUUAGCUGGAGUGGAUGAUGAGGAGGAGGAGGAUGUAACAGCAGGGAAGUGGGGCCUGGUGUGGGACCCAGAGGAGGGCCCCGUGUGGGGGAACAUAGGAGGCAACGAGGAAGGGCAGCAAGAAGACAACUGGACUCAGCUGCUCAGAGAGGGUGUCAGUGGCAUCACCACAGACAGUGAUGGCGCUGUCUAUCUCUUCAAAGGAAACUCUUACUGGAAGUUCACAUUUCCAGGCUCCUCGGUGCAGGACGGAUACCCACGAUCCUCUACUGCUGACUGGUUGAACUGUCCCGACUCCUCAUCCUCCUCUGGGGUGGACGAGCGUUCCUUGUCUCUGUCUCCACCUGCAGAAAGACAGGAGCUAAGGGAGAGGUGGGGGGAAGAGAAAGAGAAGGAGGAGGAAAGAGGAAGAAAGAGGGACCAUGGAAGGGACAGACAUGGACAUAUACAUAAAGACAUAGUACAAGACAGAGGCUCACACAUCUGGACACAGUGCACUUGCCAAAAUGGAGCACUUGGUGGCAGGACAGCGUCUGUUAUUGCUGUCUUGUUGCUGAUGACAUGGACACUGAUGAUUAUUUAAAUAUGUGCAGGACAAUAAAAGACAGUUAUCUUAUCAGGUUAAAUCAGUAGAACAGUCAUCCGCAAACAUUCACUAUACUGUCCCUCCCGACCAUUUACACCUAUUUCCUCUCUUUCUGAGUGAGACAUGAGG